AUCUUCCACACGUAGCAUCAAUGUUACAAUCGGAACAUUGAGAUUCAGUUCAUCAUCGUCACCGAAUCGAAUCGAUAAGUAAGAAAAUGAGGAACAUUUUCACGAUAAUUCUUUUCCUCUGCGGAAUAAUAUCAAUUCAAGCAACCCCAUCACGACCAUCUAAAUUCUUUGAAGUACAGAAUGGAGUUCUUGUGCCGGUCGGAAAUGGCUCACCAAAAGCCGCAUCGAAUUUGAAAUCCAAUAGUCGAAUCGUCGGCGGUGAAAAUGCUGAUCCUGGAAGUGCUCCAUGGAUGGCAUCACUUCAGUGGGGUACGGUUCGACCAGCUCACUUUUGUGGUGGAGCAAUUAUAAAUCCGAAUUGGGUCCUAACCGCUGGACAUUGCAUCCAAUCAUUUCCAAAUUAUGGUAUCCGAACAGUGGUAGCAGGGCUCAACGAUUUGAAUGAGUUUAGUUCCGCUCAACAAAUUCGUCACGUAACCCUCAGCAAUACAUGGGUGCAUGAAGAUUAUGACGGCUCUGUAGGACCGCACGAUAUUGGUCUGUUGGUAUUCCAAACCCCAUUUACAUUCAACACACUUGUCAGCGCGAUUGCAUUGCCCCAAUCUGAACAAAUUCCAACUGGCAUUGCAGUACUUCAUGGAUGGGGUAGUGUGUCUUACUCUUUCUUCCCAGACUAUCCGUCAGUUCUUCAAUCUGGCAGUAUGCCGAUCAUUCCCUUACAAACUUGUCGAAUUAGUUGGGACUACGAUGCCGAUACCAUUCAUGAUUCGCAUAUUUGCGCUGGAUCUUUGGAUGGUGGCGUUGGUGCUUGUUCGCUAGAUAGUGGUGGUUCGCUGACACAAAAUGGUGUUGCUGUGGGCAUUUUUAGUUGGGGAUGGGUUCCUUGCGGUCAACCGAUGCGUCCAGCAAUUUUUGUUCGUGUCAGUGCUUAUACAUCUUGGAUCGAAGAUAUCAUCGAUGACUAUGUUGCUCAGAUGAGUAUUGGUGGAACAGAUGCCUGAAUUAUGUAAUUGUUUUUCGCGUAGAAAUGUUACAAAUAAAUGGUUGAAUAGAAGAUAA